UUAACAGAAUGGAUUAUGGGCAAUAUAAUGCUCUAAUGCCGUAAAGAAGUUAAUGAACACAGAACACUAUUGGUUAAAUAUUAUUGAUAGCUUUUUCGGUUAUUAGUUUCUAUGUGCUUUUAGUGUUUUGUGUCUUCCGUUGCAACUUGAAAAUACGCGUAAAGUGUUUUUCCGCAGUACAAAUUUAAACUUUUUAUAUAAACUGCAUUCCAGUAUCUAUUCAUAUUAGUGUUUAAGGAAAUCAAUAACAAUAUGGCUAAAGUACAACUGUCAAAUGUGGUUGUCUUAGACAAUCCGUCUCCAUUUUUAAACCCUUUUCAAUUUGAACUUACAUUUGAGUGUAUUGAAGAUUUAAAUGAAGAUUUGGAAUGGAAAAUGAUUUAUGUUGGAUCUGCUGAAAGCGAAGAACAUGAUCAAAUAUUAGAUACUAUUUAUGUUGGUCCCGUUCCCGAAGGAAGACAUAUGUUUGUUUUUGAGGCAAAUCCUCCAGAUGUUUCUAAAAUUCCUGUAGAAGAUGCUGUUGGUGUAACUGUUGUACUAUUAACUUGUUGUUAUCGUAAUCAAGAGUUUGUUAGAGUUGGAUAUUUCAUUAACAAUGAAUAUACAGAUCCAGAGCUGCAAGAAAAUCCUCCAGCUACACCUCAAUUUGAUAAGAUGACAAGAAAUAUACUGGGUACUGAACCUAGAGUAACGAGGUUUAAGAUUAAUUGGGACGACUCUGAACAACCUACUACUAGUAAUGGAAUACAAACUACCUGUCACGAAAAUGAAGAUUCAAAUCUACAAGAAAUGGAUGAAGAAGUGUCUUCUUUAUUAUCUUCCCAUGCAGACAAUAGCCUUAGUCAAAGUCCAAUGGAAGUAUUGUAAAUUGACUGAUCCAAUAUCUCAUCUAUUUUAAUAUCAAUAUUUUUUCUAAGUAAUGAAUUUUAUAAGAAAAAUAAAUAAAAGAAAUGUUAAUCGUGUAAUAAUAAAUAUAAAAGCAAUUAAUUUAAAGUUGAAAUAAAAUAAAGACGUU